GGGAGAGGUGACAGAGAAAAAGAAGGCGGCCAGCCAGCCGGGGGCAGGAGAUGCAGAGCACUGUCAAUUACCUAUGGCACACCGACGACCUGCUGGGGCAGGGGGCCACUGCCAGUGUGUACAAGGCCCGAAACAAGAAAUCCGGGGAGCUGGUUGCCGUGAAGGUCUUCAACACCGCCAGCUACCUGCGACCCCGCGAGGUGCAGGUGAGGGAGUUUGAUGUCCUGCGAAAGCUGAACCACCAGAACAUCGUCAAGCUCUUUGCAGUGGAGGAGACGGUGGGUCCAGUGCUUGGUCAGAGGGAGGUGGUCUUGUCCUUGACCCACACAGGCUGGAAAGACUCAGGUCACAGAAUCAUGGAGACAUGGUCACAUGCUUGUCAGCAGCACCCUGACAUGUAUGAACGGGCAGUGCUUCGCAAGCCCCAGCAGAAGACAUUUGGGGUGACCGUGGAUCUCUGGAGCAUUGGGGUAACCCUGUACCACGCAGCCACCGGCAGCCUGCCCUUCGUCCCCUUCGGUGGACCACGGCGCAACAAGGAGAUGAUGUACCGGAUCACCACGGAGAAGCCAGCCGGGGCCAUUGCAGGCACUCAGAGGCGGGAGAACGGGCCCCUGGAGUGGAGUUACACCCUCCCCAUCACCUGCCGGCUGUCCAUGGGGCUGCAGAGCCAGCUGGUGCCCAUCCUGGCCAACAUCCUGGAGGUGGAGCAGGCCAAGUGCUGGGGCUUCGACCAGUUCUUUGCGGAGACCAGUGACAUCCUGCAGCGAGUUGUUGUCCAUGUCUUCUCCCUGUCCCAGGCGGUCCUGCACCACGUCUACAUCCACGCCCACAACACGGUAGCCAUCUUUCUGGAAGCCGUGUACAAGCAGACCAGUGUGGCCCCCCAGCAUCAGGAGUACCUCUUUGAGGGUCAUGUCUGUGUCCUUGAGCCCAGCCUCUCAGCGCAGCACAUCGCCCACACGACAGCAAGCAGCCCCCUGACCCUAUUCAGCAUGGCCAGCGAGACCCCCAAGGGGCUGGCCUUCAGGGACCCCGCUCAGGACAUCCCCAAGUUCUUCCCCAAAGUGGAUCUGCAGGCGGAUUACAGCACUGCCAAGAGCGUGUUGGGCGCUGGCUACCAGGCCCUGUGGCUGGCGCGGGCCCUGCUGGCCGGGCAGGAACUAAUGCUUCGGGGGCUGUACUGGUUCGUGGAGAUGCUCCAGGCCACAUGCAGGCGGACGCUGGAGGUCACGCGGAUGGCCCUCCUGUUCCUCAGCAGCAGCCUGGGCACUGAGAGGUUCAGCAGUGUGGCUGGGAUGCCUGAAAUGCAGGAACUGAAGAGAGUCACAGAGCUGAGGUCCAAGCUGCGGGCUUUGGCUGAGGCCCUCUCCAGAUAUGCCCACGAUAUCACAGAGACCCAGAUGAGCCUAAGCAACCUGAGCUCUGAGCUGAUGAAGAACCGGGAUCAGGUACAUGCGGACAGAAGGGUGAAUUUCGGUCAUUUAGCCAAAAGGCUCCUGCAGGUAUUCCAGGAGAAGUGCGUGCAGAAGUACCAGACAUCUCUAGUCACACACGGCAAGUGGAUGAGGGAGGUGCACGAGACCAGGAUCCACUUGCGUAUGGUCAGCUGUUCUGUGGCUGCCUUUAACACAGAAGCCCAGGGAGCCCAGGAGAGCCUCAGCAAGAUCCUUGACCAGUUAUCUCACCAGCUCCUUCAGGACAGAACAAUGGGGGCUCAGGUCUCAGCACCCCCCACAGCUCCCCACCCCAGCUCUGCACUGACAGACCUGGUUCUGCACAUGCAGGAGCUCUGCGAGGAGGUGAAGCUGCUGGCCUUCGACCUUCAGGACAACAACCGCAUCAUUGAAGGGUUAAGUAGGCCCCCGUCGGCCCCUGACUCCUGAGGUCCGAGCUCCAUGGGGUGCACGACAUCCUGAAGCAUUAGAAUCAUUCAAAGCCCGCUCUCCUGCCUGCAGUGCGGGACCGAACACAGGAUGAUGUCUGGUCCUAUCUCAUCAGCCUACCUCUCUCCCGGCCAACAGCUGGGAGAUGUCACCAGCAUUACCUUCCACUGCCUCUCUGCCGGAAGCAGCAACGUAGGACCUGGGGUGCCAGGCCAUCUCCGACAGGCCACACUGCCUGGGCUGAACUUUGUGUCUCUCUCACACAGGCUCAGGUACGGCUCCUCCGUCUCCCGGGCCUGUGUGGCUAAAGCUGGCAGGCCGCCUGGGGGGAGAAGAGACUCAGAUCACUCCCAUCGAUCUGCCCACCCACCUCUUCUGGUUUACGGGGCUUCACUUCUCAGGGAACAGAAGAGAAGGCC